CCCUCCUCCGACUCCCUCCUCCCUCCCGGGCCGCCGCUGCAGUGCGCAGGAGCCCUUGGUCCGCGCCCCAGAGCCAAGAGCCCGACAACCAGCUCCCGAGCUGCGUCCGGAACCAGGCAGGGGUCACCGCAGCCUGGAUGCGCCCUGUGGCGCGAGCGCACGCAGCAUCCAGAGCCUCCCGCCGCGCGGCGGGGAUGCCCGCUCUCCCGGCCCCGGGGCUGGGCCCCUGGCGGUAACUGGAGCGGGGGGGCGCGCCCCCCCAGCCGCAGCUGCCGCGCCCGCGCCCGCGCCCGGGCCAGUCUCCUCCGGGCCCCAUCGCCUGUCGCCGCGCUCUGAGCACCCGCCGCCCUGCGCGGCCAUGGGGACGCUGCUGGCCCUCGUGGUGGGCGCGGCGCUGGUGUCCUCAGCCUGGGGGGGCUGCGUGGAGGUGGACUCCGAGACUGAGGCCGUGUAUGGGAAGACCUUCAAAAUCCUGUGCAUCUCCUGUAAGCGUCGCAGUGAGACCAGCGCCGAGACCUUCACGGAGUGGACCUUCCGCCAGAAGGGGACAGAGGAAUUUGUCAAGAUCCUACGCUAUGAAAACGAGGUGCUGCAGCUGGAAGAAGAUGAACGUUUUGAGGGCCGUGUGGUGUGGAACGGUAGCCGGGGCACCAAGGACCUGCAGGACCUGUCCAUCUUCAUCACCAAUGUCACCUACAACCACUCUGGUGACUACGAAUGUCACGUCUACCGUCUCCUCUUCUUUGAUAGUUACGAGCACAACACCAGCGUCGUCAAGAAGAUCCACCUGGAGGUGGUGGACAAGGCCAACAGAGACAUGGCGUCCAUUGUGUCAGAGAUCAUGAUGUAUGUCCUGAUUGUGGUGUUGACCAUAUGGCUCGUGGCGGAGAUGGUGUACUGCUACAAGAAGAUAGCUGCUGCCACGGAAGCUGCCGCCCAAGAGAAUGCCUCGGAAUACCUGGCCAUUACAUCUGAGAGCAAAGAGAACUGUACAGGCGUCCAGGUGGCUGAAUAGCGCUGGUAAGGCUGAUGGACCGGUCUGGGCAUCGCCAGCCAGGAAGGUUCAGGGACUGGAUCUCCAAGUCUCCACUUCUUACCCUGCCGGCCCUGGGCUUCACCUCAAGGAAGAACCAGCCCUGAUGGCUACCCUCUCCUGGCAGUGGGGAUCAGGCCCUGAUGGGGACCCUCCCCGCGGCAAUAGGAGUCAGCCCAUCGGCCUCCCCACCUCACAGUCCUGCAUUGGAGCCACCUGGGUGGGAGCGGGCAGGGACUGAUCCCACCUCACCCACCGCCUCCCGCCCACCCUCCCACCGCCAUGCAUGAUGGGUGAAGCAAUAUGGCCGCCCCACCCUGCUUUUGCUGCCUGUUUGGGGGAGGGGGCGGUGAGGUGAGGGGGCAGGCUCCGCCCCCUUCUUUUUGCUGAUUUGCACAUAGGCCACUUCCCACACGCACUGCCAGGCCAGCCAGCCCCAGCCCUGCUUGAUGGGGUCAAGAGUGGGGGCCGGGACAGGGACAGUCGUGGGCAGGGGGUUCUGGGCCUCAUCUCCCCUCCUCUUCCUCCGGCUGGACCUGGGGUUCCCUCUCUGACACCUCCUAGCCCUGGCCCACCCGCCCUCUCUCACCAGCCUUCAAUUGUGGUCUCUUGGGAAGGGCCUCUUCGGCCUCCUCUCUCUUUACAGAAGUAGUUUUUGUUCAUGAAAUAAAGAUUCUUGGACUCGA